AUGGUUUCCAAGCAAAUUCACUUCUUCUUGUGUUAGCGAAGGAUCGAGAAUAAGACGAUGGACCGUUUUCUACGGUUGCUCCUGGGCCUCUUAGCCAUCCUUAACUCAGUACUAACCACUAACCCAACAAACAAUUACCAGACUCGCCAAGAAAGGGAGAAGCUGGCAGAGUUUCAACAGGAGCUGAUGAAAAAUUUGAAAAAUACCGAUGACAAACUAAAUGAUUUGGCGAAACUUGUUGACGAACGCUUCAAUCAGACAAUGGAAAGAGUAAAGCAAGAGGCUGAAACAAAUCAGGAGCUUUUGCAGACCGUCAUACAAAAACUGAAUCACCUGGCAAAACUACCCAUCGAGGUUGUCCCACUUAAAAAAUCCCCCUGGCCGAUCAACUGCACUCUGCCUUAUGAAUCUUCAGUACUAUCCACAUUGACGACGGCGGCGAAUGGCAAACAAUACUUUUUUUCGAACCCAAUCCAAACUUUCUGGCCUGAAGCUAACAAAAGUUGCGCAGACAAAGGCCUACACUUGGCUACUGUGAGUAACCGAAUUGACUUGGACGCGGUUCAUCAGAAGGCGAGAGAAAUCCAUCGCGGUGAAGAGUAUUGGGUUUCGGGUAAAAACUUUGGAGACCAAAAUCACUUGGACUACCGUUGGCUUGACGGAUCCAAAUUGGAGGAAAGCAGCGACUUGUGGGCCAGCGGCACCGUCAAGAAUUACGGCUGCGUCGAAAUCAGGGCGUAUGAAUUCAGCAAUCUCUACAGCGCGUCCUGCUCCGGCAACAGAAAGUCGUUUUUCAUCUGCGAAUUGCCCAGCGAAUGCUAUUGAACCCAUAUUUUUGUAUUUGAAAAUCUGCAAGAAAAAUAGCAAUUUUGCCAUUUAUUUUGAACAUCCGUAUAUUCUGGAAAGAAAAUACCUCUUAACUUUUGAAUAAAAUUAUAAUGUUAACAUCACAAUAUAAUUUUAAAUAAGGAAUUCAUUUGAUUUCCAAAAAUCAAAUUUUUAAUAAAUUAAAAUUAGGCAAGACAGUUUAAAUUAGCAUAAUAAUAUUAUAGAUUUGCAAGCAAGUGUUUUGUAUUUUAUACGACUGAAAUUAAUAAAAAGAUGGCAAUAA